AUGGAAAUGGACAUGGAUAUGGAUAUGGAACUCGCAUCAAUAGUGUCUUCUUUAAGCGCCCUAUCCAAUGGUAACAAUAACGGCGGCCAGGCCGGCGCCAUUGUGAGCGGCAGUGCUGCCGGCUCACAACAAAUCGGCGGUUUCAGAAGGUCGAGUUUUACCACGGCGAAUGAGGUAGAUUCAGAGAUCUUGCUGCUUCACGGUUCCAGUGAAUCUUCACCGAUCUUUAAGAAAACUGCCCUAUCUGUUGGUACGGCUCCGCCAUUCUCUACAAACUCAAAGAAGUUUUUUGGCAACGGCGGCAAUUAUUACCAGUACAGAUCAAACGACACCGCCUCCCUGUCAUCCACAUCCUACAGCAACUAUCAUACGCACCAUGCAGCGGGUAACCUUGGGAAAAACAAUAAAGUCAACCAUCUUUUAGGUCAGUAUUCAGCUUCCAUUGCUGGACCCGUUUACUACAAUGGCAAUGACAACAGCAACUCUGGCGGGGAAGGAUUUUUUGAGAAAUUCGGGAAGUCUUUAAUUGACGGUACAAGAGAACUGGAAACUCAAGAUAGGCCAGAAGCUGCUGCUAAUCAGUCUCAGUUCAUACCAAAAAAUGUCUCUAACGCUAGCUUAGACACUCAAAGCACUUUUGACCAAACUGCCCAAUCUGACACAAACUUCAACAAAUUGAAUAGGAACACCACAAAUAGUGGCUCUCUUUACCACUCCAGUUCGAAUUCAGGCUCCUCUGCGUCUUUGGAAUCAGAAAAUGCUCAUUACCCCAAAAGAAAUAUUUGGAAUGUAGCCAACACUCCGGUGUUUAGACCUGGUAACAACCCGGCUCUUGUUGGGGCCCCAAAUGUGGUGCUGCCCAACCAACAAGAUGGGCCUGCAAAUAACAAUUUUCCCCCCUACAUGAAUGGCUUUCCACCAAACCAAUUUCAUCAGGGCCCUCAUUACCAAAACUUCUCCAACUAUUUGAUCGGGUCUCCUUCAAAUUUCAUUUCCCAAAUGAUUUCAGUACAGGUGCCGGCGAAUGAAGAUACCGAAGACUCUAAUGGUAAGAAAAAGAAGAAAGCAAACAGGCCUUCUUCUGUCUCUUCACCUUCGUCUCCACCAAACAACACUCCGUUCCCAUUUGCCUACCCCAACCCAAUGAUGUUUAUACCACCUCCGCCACCAUCUGCCCCCCAACAGCAACAGCAACAGCAACAGCAACAGCAACAGCAACAGCAACAGCAACAGCAACAACAACAAGAUCAACAGCAGCAACAGGAGAAUCCUUAUAUUUACUACCCCUCUCCAAAUCCUGUACCAGUCAAAGUGGCCAAGGACGAAAAAAACUUCAAGAAAAGGAACAACAAGAACCAUUCUGCAAAUAACGCCAACAACAGCAACAAGCAGGCAAACCCUUAUUUAGAGAGCUUUGCAGCUUCAAAGAAUUCUUCCAAGAAGAAUACAUCUUCCAAGUCUAAUGAGCCAGGGACCAAUAACCAUAAAUCUCAUUCUCAAAGUCCACCACAACAGCAACAGCAGCAAACGUAUCAUCGGUCACCGUUGUUAGAGCAACUUAGAAACAGUGGUUCUGACAAAAAUUCAAACUCGAAUAUGUCAUUAAAAGACAUUUUCGGCCAUUCUUUGGAGUUUUGCAAAGAUCAACAUGGUUCGCGGUUCAUUCAGCGCGAAUUAGCCACUUCACCAGCUUCAGAAAAGGAGGUUAUAUUCAACGAGAUCCGCAAUGAUGCCAUUGAACUUUCGAACGAUGUUUUUGGUAACUACGUCAUACAAAAAUUCUUUGAAUUUGGUAGCAAAAUUCAGAAAGAUACUUUGGUGGAGCAAUUUAAAGGUAACAUGAAGCAGUUAUCUUUGCAAAUGUACGCAUGCCGUGUCAUCCAAAAGGCGCUGGAAUUUAUCGAUUCCAAUCAAAGAAUUGAGUUGGUCCUGGAACUAUCUGAUUCCGUUUUACAAAUGAUUAAAGACCAAAACGGUAAUCACGUUAUCCAAAAGGCCAUCGAAACAAUUCCUAUAGAAAAAUUACCCUUUAUUUUAAGUUCUUUAACUGGCCACAUAUACCAUCUAUCUACUCACUCCUACGGCUGUCGAGUAAUCCAAAGAUUGUUGGAGUUUGGUUCAAGUGAAGAUCAGAAAAACAUUUUAAAUGAAUUGAAAGACUUCAUACCCUAUCUAAUUCAAGACCAAUAUGGUAACUAUGUUAUUCAAUACAUUUUACAACAAGACCAAUUUACCAAUAAGGAAAUGGUCGAUAUCAAACAAGAAAUCAUAGAAACUGUAGCCAAUAAUGUUGUCGAAUAUUCUAAACAUAAAUUUGCCUCCAACGUGGUCGAAAAAUCUAUUCUUUAUGGCUCUAAAGAUCAGAAGAAUUUAAUAAUGUCUAUGAUUUUACCAAGGGACAAAAACCAUGCCUUAAAUCUGGAAGAUGGUUCUCCAAUGAUUUUAAUGAUCAAGGAUCAAUUCGCCAAUUAUGUGAUCCAAAAAUUAGUUAACGUUUCUGAGGGUGAGGGUAAGAAAUUAAUCGUCAUUGCCAUUAGAGCGUAUUUGGAUAAGCUAAACAAAUCUAACUCUUUGGGAAAUAGACAUUUAGCCAGUGUUGAAAAACUUGCGGCGUUGGUUGAAAAUGCAGAGGUGUAA